AUGAAAUUUGAAGAAGCGGAAUUGAAUCCUGAGUUAUAUGGAUUAAGAAGAAGUGGUAGAGAACGGAAGGUUCAAAGUUUUGAUGAAGAAGAAGAUAAUGACGGAGCGGAUUUCGAACAAUAUGAUGAUGAAGAUGAUAUUAUUGAUGAUGAUGAAGAAGAUGAUUUUAUGAUUAAACCCAAGAAAUCCAGGAAAUCCAAACCUAAGCCUAAGAAAUUAAAGAAAAUCGAAGCCAGUGAAAUAAGGUUUAGUAGUCGUAACAGUAGAAAUGUUAAUUAUGCUGUUGAUGAUGAAGACAAUGAUGAUUUAAUGGAAUCUGGUGAAGAAGAAAGUUAUGAAUAUGAUUAUGAACCAGUUGAAGAAGAAACUUCCAUUGAUUUAGUUUUAGAUCAUAAAUCUAACACCGAAGAUAUCAACGGUAAGACAGUGAUAACUGGUGAUGCUAAGAAAGAUUAUAUGUUUAAAAUCAAAUGGACAGGUAUAAGUCAUUUACAUAACACUUGGGAAACUUAUGAUGUUUGUAGAAGUUAUAAAGGGUUCAGGAAAGUUGAUAAUUACAUUAAACAAUUCAUUCUUAUAGAUCAAGAGAUCAGAAAUGAUCCAAUGACAACUAAGGAAGAUAUUGAGAGUAUGGAUAUUGAACGGGAAAGGAAACGUGAUGAACAAGAUGAAUUCUGUCAUGUUGAAAGAAUCGUUGAUAGUGAAAGAAUCGAAGAAGAUGGUUUACUGAAGUUGAAAUAUUUCGUUAAAUGGAAACGUCUUUAUUAUGAUUCCAAUACUUGGGAAGAUGCUGAAGAAAUCGCAGAUAUUGCACCUGAACAAGUCUCUAAAUUCCAACAACGAUUAAAACUGAAGAUCUUACCCAACUUAUCGGCCAAUUAUCCUCAAGGUGCUAGACCAAGAUUUGAGAAGUUAACUAAACAACCAUUGUUUAUUAAGAAUGGAGAAUUAAGAGAUUUCCAAUUAACUGGUUUGAAUUGGAUGGCUUUCUUAUGGUCAAGAAAUGAAAAUGGGAUUUUGGCCGAUGAAAUGGGUUUAGGUAAAACUGUUCAAACGGUUUCUUUCUUAUCAUGGUUAAUUUAUGCUAGAAGACAAAAUGGUCCUCAUUUAGUGGUUGUACCUUUAAGUACCAUUCCAGCAUGGCAAGAAACUUUUGAAAAAUGGGCUCCUGAUUUGAAUUGUAUUUACUAUUUAGGUAAUUCUGAAUCCAGGAAAGUCAUUAGAGAUUAUGAAUUCUAUUCAUCCACCAAUAAACCUAAAUUCAAUAUCUUAUUAACAACUUAUGAAUAUAUUUUGAAAGAUAGAAGUGAAUUAGGAUCAAUUAAAUGGCAAUUCUUAGCAGUUGAUGAAGCUCAUAGAUUAAAGAAUAGUGAAAGUUCUUUAUAUGAAUCAUUAAAUUCUUUCAAAGUUUCUAAUAGACUUUUAAUUACUGGUACUCCAUUACAGAAUAACAUUAAAGAAUUAAGUGCCUUAUGUAAUUUCCUUAUGCCAGGAUUCUUUGAUAUCGAUCAAGAAAUUGAUUUUGAAACUCCUAAUGAUGAACAAGAACAAUAUAUUAAAGACUUACAAUCAAAGAUUAAACCUUUCAUUUUAAGAAGAUUAAAGAAAGAUGUUGAAAAAUCUUUACCUUCAAAGACAGAAAGAAUUUUAAGAGUUGAAUUAUCUGACAUUCAAACUGAAUAUUAUAGAAAUAUCAUCACCAAGAAUUAUGCUGCUUUAAAUGCUGGUAACAAAGGAUCACAAAUUUCCUUAUUAAAUGUUAUGAGUGAACUUAAAAAAGCUUCUAAUCAUCCUUAUUUGUUUGAUGGAGCUGAAGAUAGAGUUUUAGCUAAUUAUGGAUCAAAUUCUCGUGAACAUAUUUUGAGAGGAAUGAUUAUGUCAUCAGGAAAAAUGGUUCUUUUAGAACAAUUAUUGACUAGAUUGAAGAAAGAAGGUCAUAGAGUGUUAGUAUUCUCGCAAAUGGUUAGAAUUUUAGAUAUCAUUGGUGAUUAUUUGAGUAUUAAAGGAUAUCAAUUUCAAAGAUUAGAUGGUGGGAUUCCUUCAUCACAAAGAAAAAUCUCUAUUGAUCAUUUCAAUGCUCCAGAUUCUAAAGAUUUUGUAUUCUUAUUAAGUACCAGAGCUGGUGGUUUGGGUAUUAAUUUAAUGACAGCUGAUACAGUUAUCAUUUUCGAUAGUGAUUGGAAUCCUCAAGCUGAUCUUCAAGCUAUGGCCAGGGCUCAUAGAAUCGGUCAAAAGAAUCACGUGUCGGUAUAUAGAUUUGUUAGUAAAGACACUGUCGAAGAAGAAAUCUUGGAAAGAGCUAGAAAGAAGAUGAUUUUAGAAUAUGCUAUUAUUUCUUUAGGGGUCACAGAUCCUGAUUUGGAGAAGAGAAACAAGAAAAUCGAACCUUCAAGUAAUGAAUUAUCUCAAAUUUUGAAAUUUGGUGCAGGUAAUAUGUUCAAACCCAAUGAUAAUCAAAAGAAAUUAGAAGAUCUUAACUUAGAUGAUGUUUUAAAUAAUGCUCAAGAUCAUGUUACUACUCCAGAUUUAGGUGAAAGUAAUCUUGGAUCAGAAGAAUUCUUGAAACAAUUCGAAGUCACUGAUUUGAAACCUGAAAUUGCUUGGGAUGAUAUUAUUCCUGUUGAAGAAUUGAAUAAGUUGAAAGAUGAAGAGAAAAAGAGACAAGAUGAACAAUUCUUACAACAACAAAUUGACAUGUACUCUAAAAGAAGAGCUGCGGUAAAAUCAUUAACUGAACAUGAAGAUAUUCUUGAUCAAGAUUCUGAUGCUCCUAAGAAAAAGAGUUAUGAUUUAAGUGAUAAAGAAAUUAGAGGUAUUUAUAGAUCCAUCUUAAGAUUAGGGGAUUUGACAGGUAAAUGGGAACAAUUAUUUGAAGAAGGAAGUAUUGUUAGUAGAGAUCCUGUAUUGAUUAAACAUGCUUAUCAAGAAAUUAUUGAUAUUAGUAAUAGAUUAGUCAAACAAGAAGAUGAUAGAAGAGCUAAAGCAGUAGCUGAAUUAGAAAAGGAAGCUAAAGAAGUCAAUAAUAAUUCCAAAUUGAAAGAUGGAACUACUUUAUGGGUAGCUGUUAAAAAGGAGAAGAAAGCGGUGUUAUUUGAAUAUAAAGGAGUUAAGAACAUUAAUGCCGAAUUGGUAUUGAAUAGACCUAAAGAUAUGAAUCUUUUAGCUGAAUUGAUUGGAGAUUCUAAGAAUUUCGAACUUCCUAAAGUUCCUAAACCUGUUAGUUCUUGGGAUUGUGAAUGGACUAUUAAAGACGACUCUAAAUUGUUAGUGGGAGUUCAUAAAUUUGGUUAUGGUCAAUGGCAACAAAUUCGUGAUGAUCCUUUCUUAGGUUUACAGAAUAAGUUAUUCUUGGAAAAUCCUAAAACUAAAGAAGAGAAAGCUAAAGUUCCUGGUGCCAUUCAUAUAGGUAGAAGAGUUGAUUAUCUUUUCUCAUUAUUGAAUGACGAAGAAAAGGAAAAAGUUGGAAGAAAAAGAAAACCUAAGGAAGAAGGUAAUGCUACUAAGAGAGCUAAAUCCGGUACUCCUAGAGCUUCAACUCCUGAAGUUAAAAGAGGUCCUAAAAAGAAGGUUGAAAAGGUUAAGAAAGAGCCUAAAGAACCGAAAGCACCAAAAGCACCAAAAGAAUCAAAACCACCUAAAGAAUCAAAGAAAGAAGAUAAAGUCGAUGGAGAUUUGGAAUAUGAUUCUAUGGAUGAACAAUAUUGUAAAGAUAGUCUCAAACCAGUAUCUAAAUCAUUAAUCAAAUUACAUAAGGGAUCAAAAGGUUUAGAAAAGACAGAAUUCAAGAAAGUAUUGAAAUCUGAAUUAACUACCGUAGGAAACUUUAUUGAUGGAUAUUUGAAAGAAAAUAACGGUAAAGAUGUAGAGAAAUUAUCCAAGCAUUUAUGGAGUUAUGCUGGAUUAUAUUGGCCGGUGAAAGUGCCUAGUUCUAAGAUUAAAACGAUGUACACUAGAAUCAAAGAGUCACAAAAGGAUUAG